GAGAACAUGGGGUAUGACAAGCCUUAUUGAAACGCGUACCACACUACAAAAACAAAAGGAUUGCUGGUGAUUUUCACUGUGACUCUUCAGUACUGUUACUUGGAUCCAGUGUUGAAACAAAUGCAGUGAGUUAACAUGGAAGAGAUUCAAUAUCCAUCUUGAGUGUUUUAUGAACCUGCAGCAGCUAAACUGCUAAUUACUUGGAUUAUCGUCUGUCAUCGUCACCCUCUCACUGUGAAGAAGAGGUGGAGGCUGUAACUUGACCUUGGUCCUUAAUGGCUGUGCGACAAUAGUGCCUCAUCCCACUGGCCUGUCUGCCCCUUUGCUGUGUCUAUUUAUAAUGUCCAGACUCAGUGCAGAGGUUAUUCAGAGGUGCCAGUGAACACAAGGCGACAGAAGAACAAGGCACAAAGGAACGAGAAUGGCAAAAGGCAUUCACAAGCAUUGUGACAAGUGCUACAGCGUCCACUGUCAAGCCCCGAUAAACCUUUCCAUCUCGUGUAUGGUCAUUAAGUGUCACAAAAAGUGUGGCGCCACCUUCCAUAUGUGUAAACAAGACGAGCACCAGCUCCUCUGUCCGUACGAGGUGGCCCCUUGCCUGAACGCUGACUUCGGCUGCCCACUCACAAUGCUACGUCACAAGCUAGCCAAACACUUGGCGGUCUGCCCAGCCAGCGUUGUCUUCUGCUCUCAGGAGUGGAACCGCUGGCCUUUCCCUGAAACAGACGUGACCUUUUACAAAAACAUUUCUGAAAGUCUUCAACCUAGCGCCGAGGCAGACCCCGACGUCGCGCUGGCUCUCAGGGAUCAAGCCCUGCUUUUUCAGUCCAUCAAAAUGAAAAGUAUUUUCCCUGAGAUGAUGGAGGAAGAGCCCGCCUCUCAGGAUGUUUCCAGUGGGGUUGACAGUUCUGCGGAGGACGCGUGCUGCUCCUCAGAUUGUGGCAAAUUUGUAGAGAGUGGCAGAGAAGAGACGGAGGGAAUAGAAGCGAGUCAAGAGGAGAGAGACGCUUUGGCAAAAAACGGGGCGCUGGCAUGUACCCAAAACUACAAUACAUGGGAGAAAAUAUUUGUCAAGGAGAAGGAAGGGUGCAACCAAGCUGUUAAAAAUGUAAAUAAGGUCAGGAAGGGAGACGGAAAAGAGGAGCAAAAAUAUUUAAACAGCAAGGUGGAAGAUAGAAACUCACGUCGGGUUGAGGUGAAUGAUUUCAGAAACUUGAAUGGUGCAAGCGGACUUGCUCCUUGGCAAGACGGUGUCCUCGAACGGCUGGGCAAAGAGGUCAAUAUUGCAGAAUAUAACAUGUACCUGGUGCACAACGGGGCGAUGCUGAUUAACUUUGGUCAACUUGCUGCAUGCACGCCAAGAGAGAAGGACUUUGUUUACGGCAAUCUGGAGCCCAUCAAGGUCCAGACUGUCCGCUCGUUUAAUGUUCCCACCAGCUAUCAAGCAAAGCGCAGUCUUCUGAAGGACCCGUCACACAAGGCCAAAACUGCACACCAGAGUGUGGAUACUAAAGAUUUGGGCCAAUCAGUUGCAGAUCUUCCCAAAUCUGAAGAGGUCAGCGCAACGCUUCUGUGCUCCCUGGAAAAGGAGCUGAAGGGACAUUUAAUUUCAGAGAGUGCCUCGACAGACGGCCUUUAUGUAGAUGUAGGAACACAAACAUACAACUUUCCCUCUGCUCCUUUCAAAGCAGAUGCAACCCUGGCAAGUGUCAUUGCAGAAAGACCUCGUGGCCUUUAUGUUAAUGUCGAAACUGAAUCUGUCACCAGAAGACACAACAAAAUAAGUUCAGCUUUCAGCUUCAUGUGUGGCCACUCCUUCCGGCGUGAUGAAUACCAGGCUCAUUUCAGGAAUGCCCACUGUGAUAUACAGGCCUCUCUAAGUGGCUGGUUUCAGCAGCGCUGCCCCUUAGCAUACCUCGGCUGUGCUUUCUCCCAGAUAAGGUUUCAUCCUGCGGGUCAACAAGCCGCCAUCAAAUUCUGCCAGGAUGUCAGCGCCUUGGUACUCCAGCCGUACGUCCCUGCAUCCCUCAGAGACGGUGGGAAAAGCCGGAGUCCUGGAAGUGCUGCUCGAGAUCUCAAUGGCCUGAGCAGCUUGCCUCUUGAAAUCCUUCAGCAUAUUGCCGGUUACCUUGACAGUUUCACACUAUCUCAGCUAUCCCAGGUUUCCCGUCUUAUGAGAGGAGUUUGUGGCACGCUGUUGCAGGAAAGAGGAAUGGUCUCUUUGGAGUGGAGGAAAAAGACGUACUCACACGGUGGAAGUUCGUGGAAAAGUCGGAAAAAAAUCUGGAGGUUCAGCUCUCUGUUUUCUCCAGUGGACCGCUGGAGCUUCAGUGACGUUCCUUCCAUGUCGGAGCACCUGAAGACCUGCUCCUUCUACCAGAGAGAGGAGCACAGGGAGCCGGUGGCUCUGGCCUGCUUGCAAGAGGUCAGGGAAAAAUACGAAGAACGAAGCACGGAGGAAAAUCCUUCCAUGUUGGAGCACAGUGGGUGAACAACAGCAGGAGCAAUGCCACGUUGGGAAUCACUGGAGAAAUUGGCCUGUGCAUGCGCUCUGUAAAGCUGCUGUGCAAAAACUGAAGAAUACUCAUUUGGCAUUUUCUUAGGUUUCUACAAACACUUCAUUUUAAGAGCAAAAGGGAUGAAGUAAUUUAAUUAUUAUGAGCUUUAAGCAAAAAUUACUCUAUAUCUUGUCAAAUAAAGGCUAUAGCAGGCGCUGUUGUUGCUGGCUGCUUCAGUGCGGCAAGACUGACAUCCAGUGGAAGAAAGCUGAAGUGCCUCAUGUGAGCGGAGGAUGAUGUCACUUUAUUUGGAUAUCUGAUUCCAAGCUCUGUUUCCCUACAUAUGAGUUUAGAUCAGUAACGUAGCAAUAAAACAGCAGUCACUGUUUUAUUUUAAAACAGUAACUAUUAAUUAUUUUAAAUGAUUGCUGUGUUUGUAGUAAACCACAACAGUAUCAAGUUUCACUGGAAUUUAAAAUGUACGCUGUUUAAAAAAUAAACUUUGACAUUGAAAUCCUUUUUUAUACACUGAUAAAACAAACUGUUUUUUUUGUUGUUUUGUUUUUUUUAGAAUUGGUGUAACAAUUGCACAUAUUCUGUUUGGGUAAAAUCACCAUUUCUAAGUAGUUACUAAAAGACUAAAAUAAAUUUCUUAAUGUGCUUACCCAUCUGCAUCAGUAACACUAACUAAAUAUAAAUACAUUUUGCUCAUUUGCUUUGUCUUCCGAUGUUAAGAAGAAACAAGGCUUUGUGAGGCAGUUCAAACAUAAAA